AAAAGUGUGCAUCCUGAGACCUUGCAAUAAAGAUAUCAAAGCAGGAUUCUUAUGACGUUGAAAUGGAAUCCUUUGAAGCCUGUAUUCAUAAAUCCAUCAUGCUGCUGUUGGCAAUGGCUGCAAUUAUGACGGCUUUCGCCGCUAGUCUUUGUCAAAUUGGUGGCUUUAUCGGAUGUUCCUUCUUCAUGGGAAGGAAAAUGGUAGAUGACCACUGCCUGGUUGGACACGAGUUUUCAAAUGUUUCAGCAGCAGGGGUGACGGAAUGUUUUAAAGCAUGCCAAGCAAACUGUCGGUGCAUUUCGUUCAACUUCCUGAAAAAUAUUAACCAGAAAAACUGCCAACUGAAUGAAGAAAACAGACAUACAAAGCCCGGUGCUUUGAUUUCAAAGAGUGGAUCUCAGUAUUACGAUCUUGUCAUUGACUACAAAGUAACGACUGCAGGUUCAUCGUGUCCUUGCACCCAUUGCUCCAAUAGUUGUUGCAGAGACCAGCCGUGUCAUAAUGGGGGUUUGUGCGUGGAAAACUGUGAGGCAAGCGGGAAAAGAUUUGUCUGCAAUUGUAACCGAGAAUUCACAGGCCAGCUGUGUCAAACUGUUGCUGAACAGUGCCUCGUUGCCCUCGGUAUGGAAACCAAAGGAAUCAGGGACGGGCAAAUCAGUGCCUCCUCAAAAUUCAGUGCCUCUUAUACUGCCUCUUUCGGGAGACUGCAAUUCUCAGGAACCUGGAUAACUCAAUUUAAUGAUAUCAACCAAUGGCUUCAGAUCGAUCUGAUGACUAACCUGUACGUCAGUGUGACACGUGUAGCGACACAAGGGAGAUAUGAUUGGGACGAAUGGGUGACAGAAUAUAAGUUGCAGUACAGCAGUGAUAAAGUCGACUUUCAGUACUACAGAGACAGAGGACAAAGUAGAGACAAGGUUUUUUCUGGAAACUCCGAUCGUCACAGUGUAGUGCAGCAUGAUUUAAAUCCAGUGAUCAAAAAACGUUAUAUUCGUUUUCGACCACUGGCAUGGGAAAGCAAGAUAGCAAUGAGAGUAGAGCUAUAUGGCUGUCGUGAUUGCCUUGAUGCCCUCGGUAUGGAAAGUAAUGCAAUUUCUGACGUUCAGAUAACUGCCUCUUCACAAUAUGAUAGUAACCACGCCCCUCCGUUCGGCAGAAUACACCUGCUGUCCUCCGUGCCAGGAGCUAUUUGUGGAGCUUGGGUCGCAGCCGAUGGUGAUACUAACCCAUGGCUACAGAUUGAUCUGAUUAAACAAAACACCAAAGUUACCAGUGUUGCGACUCAAGGAAGACAGGAUUAUCCUCAGUGGGUGACAAAGUAUUCUCUGCUUUACAGUAACGAUUCGAUUGCCUGGCACUACUACAAAGAACAAGGAUUGAAAAAGGAGUUUACAGGAAACACUGACCAGCUUACGGUGGUACCACAUGACCUGAACCCUCCAAUCAGGACGCGAGUGAUCCGUUUUCGAGUUCUAACUUGGUACAGUUGGUAUGCGAUGAGGGUAGAACUGUAUGGUUGCCACGUGACAUGGGCAGGUUGUAAAGCAGAGGAAGAGAGCCUGUACGGCUGUCAAAAUUGCAUAAAAGCCCUCGGCAUGGAAAGCUAUGCAAUUACUGAUUCACAAAUCAGUGCGUCUUCAGAGUACAAUGGCAUUUACGCUGCAGUUCGAGGCAGACUUCAUCUUAAGACCGUACCAGGUUGGGGAGGUGGUGCUUGGGUGGCUCAUGUGGGUGAUAACAACCCAUGGCUACAGAUAGAUUUGACUAAGCAUUAUAUCAAAACUGUCAGGGUAGCGACACAAGGAAGAUUCUCCUCGCCCCAGUGGGUGACAAAGUAUUCUUUGCUGUACAGUAACGAUACAAGUAAUUUUUUGUUCUACAAAGUCCAAGGGCAAGGUGCAAACAAGGAGUUCAGUGCAAACUCAGACGGGCGCACUGUUGUAUCACAUGACCUGAGCUCCCCAAUUACAGCGCGUUACAUCCGUUUUCUCGUGCUUGCUUGGUACGCCUGGCCAUCAAUGAGAGUGGAGCUUUAUGGUUGCCAUGAUUGUCAACGGGCUCUUGGAAUGAGAAGUGGUGAAAUUGCUAACUCACAAAUUAAUGCUUCUUCGGAACUCAAUGAUUUUCACGCCGCCAUUUUGGGGAGACUGGAGUCUAGGAUAGCUGGCACCAAGAAGGGAGCAUGGGUCGCCCCCCAGGAGGACCUUAACCCGUGGUUACAGAUUGAUUUGCUGAGGCAGGACACCAGGAUAACACUGAUAGCCACACAAGGAAGAUACGACGGCGCCCAAUGGGUUACAAAGUAUUCACUGCUCUAUAGCAAUGACACAAGUAACUUCUUAUACUACAAGGAACAAGGGCAACAAAAUACAAACAAAGAAUUUGUAGGAAACACCAACAGUCACACGGUUGUUUCACAUGACCUUGACCGACCAAUCACGGCGCGUUAUGUUCGAUUUCAAGUUCUCACGUGGCACAACUGGGCAGCAAUGAGAGUGGAGGUGUAUGGUUGUCAUGAUAAUUAAAGAAGAAGAGGACUUCAAGAAGAUUUGAACCUCAGUGACUUUUUUAAUUAAGUUUUUUUGUGAUAGUUUUGAAUGAUCAAGCAUAGUCGUUGAAAAAGAAGAAACAACCAUAACAGCUCGCAGCUAUUGUGGUAUUUUGUGACCACAGGGUCACUAAAUCAACGGUACGACUCAACUACUGAUCAAAUAUGAGCUCUUAACCGCAUAAAUUAUAUGUAGUAGUUAUGAAAAAUCAUUGGUAUGUUAAUCAAUUGUAAUUGUGCCCCAUGACCUCAUUUGGUCCAAAGAGAGUCGACCUUGUUGAAUUUCGAUCUUGCAAAUGGCUCCUCCAGCAUUCAGGGCAGUGAAGAAAAAUCAAGUCACUUGGCAAAAUAUUGCAGCUUUCUUAUUGGCCAAUAAAAAUGUUUUUUUCUU